AUGGAGCCGGAAGAGGGGGUUCCCUUGUGGCGGCUGCAGAAGCUUCCUGCCGAGCUGGGCCUGCAGCUUUCUGCUCCUGUCUUCAUUCUGCCUGCGUACUACAAAGAUAAGGCCCAUAACCUUUACUGCCAGCUUCUUCACAAAAUAAUUGAUGGCAUUUGUGGCCGAACUUAUCCUCUCUACCAGGAUUAUCACAGUGUUUGGGAUUCAACAGAAUGGAUGCAUGUUCUAGAAGACAUUACCAACUUUUUCAAAGCUGUAGUUGGUAAAAAUUUAUCUGAUGAAGAGAUAUCUCAGCAGUUGGAUCAGUUGAAUUCAUCUCAUCAAGAAGCUAUCAUGAAAUGCUUAAAAAGUAGGAAAGAUGAAAUCAAGCAGGCUCUGUUGGAAGAAAUAGUUGAUAUUUCCUCUUCACAGCUACAGGAUUUUGAUUGGCAGUUAAAGCUUGCACUUUCUAGUGACAAGAUUGCUACUCUACAAAUGCCACUUUUAAACCUUCAUCUAGAUGUGAAAGAAAAUGGUGAAGUCAAGCCGUAUUCUGUUGAAAUGAGUAAAGAAGAGCUGCAGAAUAUAAUAAAUUCCUUGGAAGCAGCUAAUAAGGUGGUCCUGCAGUUGAAAUAA